AAAUAUCGAUGGAGAGACAGAGCAAGAAGCAAGGCAUUUUCCUCCUUCCAAAAUCCAAACAACUCUAUCUCUCUCUCUCUCUCUCAACCUUGUUUCAUAGCUUAGCUAGCUUGGAGAUAUACGAGCGUCAAAUAUGGAAAUAACAUUGGCUAGUUUGGUAGGGCUGAGCCUUGUUUUUGUUAGCAUAAUAGUAAGAUGGGCAUGGAGUGUGCUGGAUUGGGUUUGGCUGAAGCCGAAGAAGCUAGAAAGAUGUUUGAGGGAGCAAGGCCUUCAAGGCAAUUCCUACAGGUUCUUGUAUGGAGAUUUGAAGGAGAACUCUAUCCUGCUCAAACAUGCAAAAUCCAAACCCAUGAACCUCUCCACCUCCCACGACAUAGCCCCACGACUCAUCCCUUUUCUUGAUCAAACCGUAAAAACUUAUGGUAAGAACUCUUUUUUUUGGAGUGGCCCCGUACCAAGGGUGACCAUUAUGAAUCCUGAAGAUAUGAAAGAUGUCUUCACAAAACUUGAUGAUUUUCGUAAGCCAGGAUCAAACCCACUUCUCAAGUUGCUAGCAGCGGGUCUUGCAAGCUAUGAAGGUGAGAAAUGGGUUAAGCACAGAAGGAUUAUCAACCCAACAUUCCAUGUAGAGAAACUAAAGCAAAUGUUACCUGCCUUUCACAAAAGUUGCGAUGAGAUGAUUAAGGAAUGGGAGAGCUUGGCGUCCAAAGAGGGCUCAUCAUGUCUGUUGGAUGUUUGGCCAUCUCUACAACACUUGACGGCUGAUGUAAUUUCUCGAACAGCAUUUGGAAGUAGCUAUCAGGAAGGAAGGAAAAUAUUUGAACUCCUCAAAGAGCAAGGAGUGCUUGUAAUAAAUGCCGUACAAAGUGUGUACAUACCAGGAUGGAGGUUUCUACCAACUAAGAUGAACAAGAGGAUGAAGAAAAUUGACAAAGAGGUAAAAGGUUUACUUAAGGGUAUAAUAAAUAAAAGAGAGAAGGCCAUUGAGGUAGGUGAAGCCUCUAAAGAUGACUUAUUAGGUGCACUUAUGGAGUCAAAAUUCAAGGACAACCAGGGAGAUGCGAAGGUUGGGAUGAGUACUGAAGAUGUUAUUGAGGAAUGUAAGCUGUUUUACUUUGCUGGGCAAGAGACUACUUCAGUAUUGCUAGUUUGGACAAUGAUAUUACUUGGUCAAAAUCAGAAUUGGCAAGAUCGAGCAAGACAAGAGGUUUUGCAAGUCUUUAGAAGCAACAAGCCAGACUUUGAUGGACUAUCUCACCUAAAAGUAGUAACCAUGAUUUUACUUGAAGUUCUUCGAUUGUACCCAGCAUUGGUUGUGAUCUCUCGAACCACUCACAAGAAAACACAACUCGGGAAAUUCUCACUACCAGCUGGAGUCCAAGUCAGCUUACCAACACUGCUCAUUCACCGUGACAAGGAACUGUGGGGUGAUGAUGCAAACGAGUUCAAUCCUGAGAGGUUUUCGGAAGGAGUUUCCAAGGCAACAAAGAGCCAACACUCAUUCUUCCCUUUCGGAGGCGGUCCCCGGAUUUGCAUUGGACAAAACUUUGCUAUGAUGGAAGCGAAGUUGGCCUUAUCGUUGAUCUUGCUACGCUUUGACUUCAAGCUUUCUCCAUCUUAUGCUCAUGCGCCUUCCGCACCUAUGAUUCGACCCCAAUAUGGAGCUCCUAUCAUUAUACAGAAACGUUAACGAGAUAUGUAUGGAAAAUGGCACCUAUGUAAGUAAUUGUAAGCAUGCUGCAUGAAGUCUUCUCAGAUAUAUGUUGCUGCUUUUUAUAUAUUUAUCUUGAGUGUUGCUAAUUUAAUA